AUGUCUAGCACCAUCGAGCUCCCCAAGAAUGUCUGGUUCGAAGUCAUGUCUCACCUCGACUACUUCGACCUCAAGUCAUGUAUGAGCGUGAGCAAGACAAUCAAAUUGGCCACUGAAAGCCCCAUUUGUCAGAAGACCAUGUUCCGCUCUCAGGCAAUCAUCCCUGUUGGAGGCACGAUCCAGUUGGCCGGCAUCACCAUGCAUCCUGUCUUCGAUCACAUGUUCUACGAAUGCGCAACUGAGCUCGAAGGCGUCUAUGUCGGAGAUGGAAUGGACAUACUCACCGACACAUGCGCUGCCGAGGAGUACGCUACCGACCCUCCUGUCGCUUUCCUCCGCAUUCGCGUCGUUGAGUGGGCUCCAGUUCAGAUCACAAGCAAAACGGGCGUCACUGUACUUCAAGUCAUGAAGACUCUCUGCCGCUUCUUCUCCAAUGAUGACCAUCGCGACUCGAGAGGCGAUCACACCGGUUGGCAUGGCUGGGACGAAGUGAAGCUCGAUCGCAAAGGUCGUCUCCUCCUGUGUGCUGAUUCGUUCGACUCUUGA